AUGGAAGCAGUCACUAAUGUUUGCAUUAAGUUUCUGGUGUUUGCCUGCUCCGAUUCACGAGUGAGCCCAUCUCAUGUGCUGAAUUUUCAGCUCGGUGAAGCUUUUAUGCUUCGAAACAUCGCCAAUAUGGUCCCUCCUUAUGACAAGACUAAAUACUCUGGAGUAGGAGCUGUAAUCGAAUACAUUGUCCAUCUUAAGGUAGAAAACAUUUUAAUCAUUGGCCAUAGUGCAUGUGGAGGUAUUAAUGCUCUCAUGGAACUCCUAGAAGAUUGUUCUGAAUCGACUGACUUUAUAGAGGAUUGGGUGAAAAUUGGAUUACCUGCCAAAGCAAAGGUGCUAGCUGAACAUGGGGAUAAAACUUUUGAAGAGCAAGUCAAAUACUGUGAGAAGGAAGCUGUGAAUGUAUCACUAGCCAAUUUGCUUACGUACCCAUUUGUGAGCGAUGCUUUGGUGAAUAAGACUUCGGCGUUGAAGGGAGGUUACUAUGAUUUCAUGAAAGGAAGAUUUGAGCUCUGGGGACUCAACUUCGGUCUUUCUGAUCCUUGUUAUAUAUAAACUCAAUACCACCAUAUUCGGGCGGGAGAAGAUA